UCGUGUUAAAACUCAGAGUAGAAAGCUAUUGACAUUGGCUCUGCCAGUCCUUGGUUGUCACGUGCAUAUAUCACAAUAUCUGGAAAAGGGAUUCAUUGCUAUUGCUGCUACUAUAAGGAUACACAUGUUUAAAGACCAAAAAAAUAAGAAAAUAAAGCUUUUUACAAAACUCUACCUGCACACUGGUAUUGGGACUGGGGGGGCUGGUAACUGGAGUGCUGGUCAUGUUUAACUAUAAGAUGAGAUCCAGUGAAGAAAAGAAGUGGAACGUCUCUCAAUAUCUGCCUCUUUCUUUCUUACUUUGUUACAUUCUUUCUUUCUUUCUUUCUUUUUUUUGUUAAUGCAGCCUGGUGGAGCUGCACAGGGAGCCACGCCCUGCCUGCCCAUUGGCUCUGGGCUCAGGAGAGGAUUUUAAAAAGUCUUUGAGGGGAAGGCUACUGUGGAAAUCACACCGGAGCUGCCCAGGACACCAUACUAGGCUGAUCCUAAACUUGUCGACAGGUGUCGGGGGAGAGGCGCACACUCAGCCCCGUUCUCACUCUCAGUCAGGAGGAGUAUUAACUUGUGUCAGAAGAGAGAUACUGCAGCGCCAUGGUGACCAGACUAAGUCCUCCGGGAAGGCUCCUUCCCUUGAUGGGAACACUUCUUGCCGUCUCCCUAUUCACUGUGGCAGAGGGACAGGGGGCCGCCGAGGCUGAAAAGGGGGUGACGUUCAGCCAUGUUUACAAGAUUGGCACGGACUGCAAAGUGGGCUCCCAGGCCCUCCUGUCUCAGGACCAGGCCACAGACCCCCAGGGUGCAUUGCAGGAGAUGACGGUGAACGGAGAGAACGACGUCGUCUUCAGGCACAACAUCCGCCUGCAGACGCCGUCGUGUAGCUGUUCCGACUCAGAGGAGUUCAAGUCCCUGCUCUACCGCGUCAACGGCUUAGAGGAGGAGGUGACUUACCUGAAGACCCAGUGCGCCCAAGGCUGCUGCAAAUCAGCAGGUAUGGACACGAGCUGCAGUGGUCAGGGCACGUUCCUGCACGACGCGUGUAAAUGCCAGUGCAACCCGGGCUGGGAAGGGCCCGACUGCUCCGUGUCCACAUGCCCCGACGACUGCAAUGACAACGGGCGCUGUGUUGACGGCCGCUGUGUAUGCCACGCCGGCUACACUGGGCACGACUGCAGCCAGCUCCUCUGCCCCGAUAACUGCAACGACAAGGGUCACUGCGUGGACGGCAAGUGCGUCUGCUUCCCGCACUUCACAGGGGAGGACUGCAGCGUCCAGCGGUGCCCCAACGACUGCAUCGGAAACGGCCGAUGUGUGGACGGGCGCUGCAUCUGUGAUGAGGGAUUCUUUGGCGACGACUGCUCCAUGGUGGUGGGACCCAAAGACCUGCGUCUGAUGGAGGCAACAGAGAUGUCCCUGUUGGUUGAAUGGGACUUUGUCAGAGGGGCCGAGUACUACGUGCUGACAUACCACCCAGAAGGCGAUGAGGGGGCCCUCAUCUCUGUCAAUGUCGCCAACACAGAGAACUCCUACCUAAUCACUGGCCUCGUCUCAGGACUCACCUACAUUGUACAGGUGUACGCUGUCAUCAAGGAGACAAACAGUGACUCUGUCAGUCUACAUGCCACUACAGAUGUGUCUACUGUUGGCGGCAUCCGUGUGUUGGGUCAGACAGAGGACUCCAUCCAGGUAGACUGGAAGAAUCCAGAUUCUGAGCUGGAUCAUUUCCGACUGACCUAUGCCAACCCAGAAGGCCAGGAAGAAGAACAGACCGUGGCUAAGAGCGAGGAGGCCAGAACCAAGCACACCAUCGUGGGCCUGUUUCCUGGCACUGAGUAUCAGAUAACAGUACAGGCCAUCAAAGGAACGUCAGAGGGCAAGCCAUCAACAGUUACAGGAACCACAGACAUAGACUCCCCGUCCAACCUGGUGACCACAGAGGUGACAGAGAGCACAGCAACUGUGACAUGGGAAAGAGUGCAGGCGGAGAUCGAUGGCUACAUGCUGAGCUACAUCUCUGCUGAUGGCUCCAGCCAGGAGAUCUCUGUAGGGGCAGACAUCACCACCUACAGGCUGACUGGACUCAGACCGGGAGUCGUCUACACCGUCUACGUCUGGGCCGUCAAGGGCUCUCGCUCCAGCAGGAAGAGCUCCACAGAGGCCGAGACAGACAUAGAUGCCCCUACUAACCUCUUGACCAGAGAGGUGACAGAGGAUUCAGCGCUGGUAUCGUGGGACAGAGUGCAAGCAGAGAUCGAUGGUUACAUGCUGAGCUACACCUCAGCUGAUGGCUCCAGCCAGGAGAUCUCUGUAGGGGCAGACACCACCUACAGGCUGACUGGACUCAGACCGGGAGUCGUCUACACCGUCUACGUCUGGGCCGUCAAGGGCUCUCGCUCCAGCAGGAAGAGCUCCACAGAGGCCGAGACAGACAUAGAUGCCCCUACUAACCUCUUGACCAGAGAGGUGACAGAGGAUUCAGCGCUGGUAUCGUGGGACAGAGUGCAAGCAGAGAUCGAUGGUUACAUGCUGAGCUACACCUCAGCUGAUGGCUCCAGCCAGGAGAUCUCUGUAGGGGCAGACACCACCUACAGGCUGACUGGACUCAGACCGGGAGUCGUCUACACCGUCUACGUCUGGGCCGUCAAGGGCUCUCGCUCCAGCAGGAAGAGCUCCACAGAGGCCGAGACAGACAUAGAUGCCCCUACUAACCUCUUGACCAGAGAGGUGACAGAGGAUUCAGCGCUGGUAUCGUGGGACAGAGUGCAAGCAGAGAUCGAUGGUUACAUGCUGAGCUACAUCUCAGCUGAUGGCUCCAGCCAGGAGAUCUCUGUAGGGGCAGACACCACCUACAGGCUGACUGGACUCAGACCGGGAGUCGUCUACACCGUCUACGUCUGGGCCGUCAAGGGCUCUCGCUCCAGCAGGAAGACCUCCACAGAGGCCGAGACAGAGAUCGACGCACCCAGAAACCUCCGAGCCACUGAUGUACAGCUGGAGUCCGGAGCCUUAAGCUGGACUGCACCUCUGGCCGACAUCGACGGCUACAUCCUCACAUACAGACCCGAGGAUGGAAGCAUGCAGACUGUUGAGAAGAAACUGAAGAAGAGGGAGAACAAGUUUGCCAUGACUGGCCUGCUGAUGAGCAAGAAGUACAUAGUCACGCUGAUCGCCUACCGCGGGGCCAAGAGAAGCAUUGUGGUAGAGACCACCUUCAGCACAGUGGGUGUUGCGUACCCGUUCCCUAUGGACUGCACUCAGCACAUGAAGAAUGGCAACCUGACCAGUGGAGUGUACACCAUCUAUGUCAACAACGACCGCAGCAGCCCCAUGCAGGUGUACUGUGACAUGACCACCGAUGGCGGAGGAUGGCUGGUUUUCCAGAGACGUAACAGCGGAAGGCUGGACUUCAUGAAGCGCUGGAGACAGUACAUCGCUGGCUUUGGGGAACUGACGGAUGAAUUCUGGCUUGGUCUGGAAAAGAUCUAUGAACUGACUAACACUCCAACUCGGUAUGAGCUGCGCUUUGACCUGGGCUCGGGUUCGGAGCGGGCCUACGCUGUCUACGACUACUUCAAGAUUGCACCCGUCAAGCAGAAGUUUACACUGACCGUUGGCAAUUACAGAGGAAAUGCAGGUGAUGCUAUGACCUACCAUCAGGGAAGGAACUUUACCACUGUGGACAAUGACAAUGACAUAGCCCUUAGUAACUGUGCCCUGAUGCACCGCGGGGCCUGGUGGUACAAGAACUGCCAUCUGGCUAACCUCAAUGGCAAGAUGGGAGACAACAGGCACAGUGUGGGAAUGAACUGGGAGCCAUGGAAGGGUCACCUCAUGUCCCUGGACUUCAGCGAGAUUAAGAUCCGGCCAGUGGGCGCGGGCAGCCGGAAGAGGAGGUCACUGAUGGCCAAGCAGAAGAAACGGCUGACUCAGACUGAGUGAACAAAACAGACAAGAAGACAAAGCCCAAGAAACAAGCAUACACAUACAUUUGUUCAAAACAAGAGACAAAAUUAAGGCAAUUGAGGGGUGGUAACUCUUCACAAUACUGUAGAACUUUACCUUGUCUUGAACCUUAUGCAUCUAUAUUUUGAAUAGGACUUUUUGUAUCAUAAUUCUUUAUUUUAUAUAAAUAGAUUCACUAUGACAAAUUGUAUUUUGUAACACAGGGUGAAAGGGGCAUUCUUAAAUAUGGAGUAUAUUGUUUCAAUGUCUGUCUACAUUACUCAGAUUACACAACAUGGUUGUUAAAUACUGUAGUAUAAUGAAUCAUUGUUUUAAACAGCUAAUUCAUAUUUUUUUCCAUGGCUUGUACUAUUCCAAAUCCUUUUGCCGACAUUCAAAUCCCUCUGCCUUAUUUCAGAUCAUCUGUUUUCUACAGUAUCUGCCAACUCCACAUCCGAAACGGCUUGUGUUAGAGAAUGUUGUAUGAUAUAAUGUAAACCUCUAUGAUUGUAAGUUCAAGUGUUUACUGUAGUUGUACUAUAUUUGUGCCACGAGUCUGUGUCACACUAUCUCACAGAAAUAAAGUAUCCUGAAAUGGAUGGCAUGUUGUGUCUCAAAGAAUGUACUAUGUGUCCCUCCUGUGCAAUGGUGGGCUGUGCAAUGAACAACUCCUAGUGUGGUUACAUACUUUUACUAGUGUAGUUAAACUAGUUUUACCCUUGAUUGUCAAAUGUUUUUCUUAUUCUCAGCAAGUGUUGUGUAUUAAGGUAUUUAAUUGAGCACAUUAACAAAUAAAACAAAUAUUCCCAAAUAUAUAUUCAUUAUGGUGCUUUGGAAAGUUGCCUUCAUUUGUCAUGUUAUUAUGAACAAUGAAUCCAACACAAGAGAAACCCAGUCAUGUCCAGUUGUCUGAGUUUAGCAUAUCCAGAAAUAUAAAUAUCCUUCGGUACACACAGAUGAUAUCGCUUGACUUGUUGGGUAAUGUGCCGUCUUGGAACAGCGGUUUCAAAAUCUCUAAAAUUCUCUGCCUUGAACAGGACCUUACUUAGGAUGCUACAUCAUAAGUAAAGAAGAGUGUAACUGAUGUGAUUAAAGGGUGAAGGGUAGGGAUAAAAUUGCUUUACCCCCACGAAUCAGAUCAGACUAAAUGCAAUCAUCUGAGAAGGCACCUGUGGAAAUGAAAAU